GAUACAGAUUGUACAUUAUUGUGUCCACCCCUAUUGCCGAAGAGUCAAGAUGUAUACACGGCAUACGGGCGACAGUGCGCUUGAUAAUUCGAAAAAAGUGUUACACACGGUCUAAAAGUCGUCCUCAUUUUGAGGGGGGUCACCAACCCUGUACACGUGUAUCCCCGUUUCCAAGCGCUAGCAGCGCUGGCUCUGCUGCGCUUUUGCUUUGACGUUCCAUCACACGCCCUACACCACGAAGCUGGCCGACUGGUCGAGCCCUCAAUGUAAGAGCUCAAAUCUAGUUGGCCAGACAGGUUGAAAUCACGACCCAACGGGCUCAUCGCCGCUAAACAUCUGAACAUCUGGGCAUCCACGAUUCCCAAGGUCAGCGCAGUUGCGUGGUGGUGGUAUUCUCAGCCACAACUGCGCGGGGCUCGCUUAACUCGAAUUUAGUUUCUCAGAGGGUGCGCACCACUCUGCACGCCACUCAGUCACCCGCCUUGCACUAUUUAACUAGUUUAAAUAUUUUAAACCCCUCAGUACGGUGGAAGUUCUGGAGAUUUUUGCACUUAUCCCGACAGCGAUGUGGUGUUUAGUGUGAAGCGGUAAACAAAUGUGAGAUCGAAGUUACUUGCUAGAGAUUACAAGGACAAUCUAUUGCGGCAAACAAAUUGAAAUAAGGUUGAUCAACCAAUGAUCAGAUCAAACUACCGGUAUUAUCAGCAAUUUCAACAAAAACAACCAGAUACAGGAUCACAGACUUCUACAAUGUCUUCCCAAAGGUUCUGUCUCAGAUGGAAUAACCAUCAGUCUAAUCUCUUAUCAGUAUUUGAUCAGCUUUUACAAGAUGAGAGUUUUGUAGAUGUAACCCUAGCGGUUGAUGGUCAAUUCAUCAGAGCACAUAAGAUUGUGCUGUCUGCUUGCAGUCCGUACUUUCAAUCCCUAUUCAUAAACCACCAAGAAAAGCACCCCAUAGUCAUUUUGAAAGAUGUUCCUCUGGCUGAUAUGAAAUCGCUGUUGGAUUUUAUGUACAAAGGAGAGGUCAGCGUUGACCAGGAUCGUUUAACAGCUUUUUUGAGGGUGGCAGAAAAUUUACGAAUAAAAGGUUUAACAGAAGUUAACGAAGAAAAAUGUGAUAAUAUAGCUUCAUCUUUAUCUCAAAACAAUUCCUACAUACCUAACUUGAACAGGCUGCCUAAUGUUAAAAGAAUGGGUAAUAAUUUCAAUAUGUUGGGAAACGCCUUAUUACAACCAAAACGGAAAAGAGGGAGACCAAGAAAACUCUCCGGUAGUUCCAAUCCUGGCGAUGAGUAUAAUGAAAAUAUAGUGCAAGGUAGUCCUGAACACUUGGAGGUUAAAAUGGGUAUGGAUGGAUUUGGUGGCAACAAUUCAGAUUCAAGCAGUAGUAAAGCAGAUAAGGAUAACGACUAUGAGGAUUCGAAAAUUAAAGCUGAAAUGGAACCAGUUGCUGGAACAUCGAAAGAUGAGAGCAGGGAUGUUUCAAAAAGUCCAGAAAAUGACUACCAAUCUUAUGAUUCUCCUAUAACACAAAGUCUACUGACUCCAAAAAUUGAGGUCACUGAAACAACAUUGCAAGAUCCUGAUGUAAACCGUAAUAGUGCGACAGAAAAUCUUAAUAACACCAAUACUAAUACGAAUCCUUCGACAAGCGGAACUCCAACUUUACUGAAUGCGAUGAGUGCGCCCACUUCCAAACAACCUAUCAAAAGGAGAGUGAGAAGAAGAGCUAAUUCUCAGAGUCAAGAUCCAGCUGAACAGUUGACAGAGAUGUCUGUUAGAGGUUUGAACUUGUUUCGGUACGCGUCGAUAAACGAAGGUAUCUACCAUUGUACAGAAUGCGCUAAGGUCGACAUCCAAAAAACAUUCAAAAACAAGUACAGUUUUCAAAGGCAUGCUUUCUUAUACCAUGAGGGUCAUCAGCGGAAAGUGUUUCCAUGUCCUGUGUGCCAGAAAGAAUUUUCAAGACCUGAUAAAAUGAAAAACCACAUGAAAACGGUGCAUGAUUGCUUCAUGCCCAAAGAAGUUGUUUUUCCUCCAAUGGGAUACUUCCCUAUACCGUGAGAACUAAUUCUUUAAAAUUAUAGUUGUAAAUAAGAGACGAAAAUAGGGCUGAAUAUGGUGCCAGAAAACCAAAUGGUUCAUUUGCUCCUUCGGUGGGGGUGAAUGUGUUUUUGAAAGCAAUAUUUUCAUGUUACAAAUUAACAAUUUAGAAUAAUUGGAAUUGCGAACACAUCUCCUUUUUCAGGAAUUGAUUUCGUACUUGGUGCUAACUUUUUGUUAUUAAUUGAACUAAGUUUUAACAUAUUGCAUUAAAUGGUAGAAUGUUCUGUGUCAUCACCAAAAUUAUGUAGUGGGUCAAAAUUAAUCAUUCAGUAUCAGAAACUCUGUCUCAACAUUCUACAUCUAAUGUUAUAUUGCCAAAAGUACAAGAUGAAGCUAGAACUAGGUGAAUGUGAAUAUGUGAUCAACCUUGAAAUGGGUUCUAAAAUAACCUCUUGAUGGGCUAUAGGUUAAAAAAUAACUGCAAAAUGCUACACUGUUGGCAGUGGCAUCCCAUGAACAUUGGUUCAUAUACACAGGAUGUUCCACUGGGAAUGCCCAUUACAUGGAGAAAGAUAUAUUGCAUCUGUUUGAAAUUUGGUACAGACACUAGGCAGAUGAACCUUCCCUUUUAAAAUAUUUGCAAGGAUUUAUGACUUCCAUUUGAAAUAAUCAAGUUUUAUUUUCGUUAUCACCGGAAGUCUUUAAUUCUUGCAAUUAUUUAAAAAAGGAAAGUUCAUCUGCCUAAUGUCUUCAUACAGAAUUUCUAAGACCCUAUGUAUACUUCUAUGUGAACUUCUAAUGUGCACUCCCAGUGGGACACACUGUAAAUACAUAUAUAUUUAUAAAUACAUAUUUUAAUCAGAUAACGUAAUAGUUUUUGUUUGUUAUAUAAAUUUUAUUUUAGUUUUUUGGUUUGGAUAGAGGUAGGGGUAUUGCAAAUAUUCUUAGUUUAGUCAUAUUACACCCUUUGUUUAUAACAAACUAUUGAUAAGUAUAUUUAGAGAAAACUUAUGUAUUUAAAGAGUUGACUGCACCAGGACUAGACAAUAACAUUGAGUAUAAAUAUUUAUAUUAUAUCUAUACAAACCUUACGAGAUGUUAGUGCACAAUAUAGUGUUAGUUGAAAAUAAUCGAGUUUAGGUGUCGGGACCGAGAAACAAUAUUAAUAACUUUAUUGGGAGUUUAUCAUUGUACAUAAUCAGCUCCCAUUUUGAAAUUGUAUUUAGAUUCUUUAAACCACAUACUAAUAUCUUUGUUAUCACUUGAAUCUAUUUCUACUUUUUUCUUGUUUAUUUAAAAUUUUAUUUUCAACAGAAUAUAUUGUUAUUAUAUAAUUUCAUAAAAUUUGCAAUAUGGAGCUUUAAAAACUCGAAAUUAUUCAUAACAUAAAAAUUUCGAAAUUGAAAGUUGAUUGAAGAAGAAUUUUUCAAAAGUGCAUUCUCAGUUAUUUGGAUAAAUUUUUAGUUUUCGUUAUUAAACUGAAAUUUUGUUAUAGAUUUUUAUUUACUCCAAAUUCAUAUAAUAUUCAGUCAUCUACACUUUUUGUAUGAAAAUUUCUAUGUACACGAUUUACAUAGAGUAUACAUACUAUUGUCUAUGUAAAGGAUAAGGAAGGUAACGGCAUUAAUAAUAUACAUUAUUAAUAUUAAAAUACAAAACUUCUGUGAUAAAUCGGUUUUUUCAAGUUAUAUUCACUUCAAAUUUAUGAGGAUAUAUUUUUCGAACAAUUGAAUUUUGAUAGAAACUCAUAUUUCAUCAUUGCACUGAAAGAACUAGGAGGUUCUUUGCAUAUUCUGCAUACUGUUUUAAGAUUGAAAUUUUUUCAAUUAAAUAAGUCUUGAAAACAUGCUGUUGUCCUUCAUAAUUGCCUUUGAAAACUUUCCCUUUGCAAUAGAUUAAACAACUGUGUGAUAGUUUUACUUUUUUUUAGUUUUUCGUUUGUUAGGCUGAGGCCAGUUAUCAAAGUUCUUCCUUGUAAGAUUGUUGAGGUAACACGUGUUGCAAAGCAAUCUUUAGUAAUAAGUUAUUUAAGUGCAAUUAAUGAUAGAUUUUUAUAUUAUAUACUAACAUGUUGAUAUAUACAUAUAAAUCAGAAUAUAUCAUGCAAAUAUUCAAUUUGCACAUUGUUAUGAGGUUCAAAUGAGGUAUAUAUUUGACUGAUCGCCAAGCAUAUCCAAAGAUUAAAUUCAAAAACUGAUGAGUUGAAUUGCCACAAAGUCCUCAUUGGAAUUAUAAUAUUCUUUCAAUAAUUUUGUGAUGUUUUGUGAAUCAUAGUAUUCUACAGAAACAUCAUUUCAAAAUUUAUUCAUGAAUAUCCCAAUCUGAAACGCAGAAAGGAAAUCACUGCCAAAUUAAUAAUUACAAUUCAAGAUGUUAUUUUUCUGACAUCUCAAUAAUCAGUUAUUUUCCCAAUUAGUCUUAUUCUUUGGAUAUGUCAUUAUCAAAUUUCCAAUAAAUUUUUUUCAUUGUUACCCUUCAAUAAGUUUUAAAAAAUUGGAAAUUGUGUGAAUUUUUCUUUGAUUUUUUCAUGAUAAUCAUGCUAACAAUGAAUGAUAGAAAAAUCGCUGAUCGCUAUAAAUUGUAAUUAAUGAAUUGCUUUAAUUUUUUGCUUACGUUAAACCAUUUGAUUUGAAUAUAUUUCAUUUUGUUGAUAGUUUUUAUUUUAAUUUAAUGUUACAAGCGCAUAAGUGCCUAAUGUAUUAUAGUUUAACUGUAAAUUUUCUAUGAGUUCACAAAUCUUAUAUAGAAACAAAUAUUUGUUUUAAUGUAAUUUUCUUUAUUAAUAAAUCUACCUCUGAAUGUAA